AUGACUAAGGAAGAAAGAACCGGGUUGGCAGUAGGCCUUAACCGUGGCUAUAAAACAACAUUUCGCCAGCCUCCACCUCGGAUAUCACAUAGGAAAGGUUGUUUAUCUAAGCGUGUUUCUUUUAUUCGAAAUAUUAUUCGUGAAGUUGCAGGGUUUGCUCCAUAUGAGAGACGUAUUAUUGAGCUAUUGCGUAAUUCAAAAGAUAAACGUGCACGAAAACUUGCAAAACGAAGACUUGGAACUUUUGGGCGUGCUAAGAAGAAAAUAGAAGAAUUGACACAUCUUAUUGCAGAAACACGAAAAGCGGCAGCACAUUGA